AUGCGACAAGGAUGGUUUCAAAAAGGUGGAGAAGAGAAAGAAGCCAGCCCAUCAGAAUUAGUGCACCGACUGGACCCAACCAUUUGCUACGUCCUGCAACACCAACGACGCUGCUACUCAGUUGUAUUCUGCUACUACGAAGAAUGGGCCAACGAGAGGCCCUCAGUCGGCCGCUUCGGCGUCAGCGAUCUGCCCACGGACCUUUGCACGCACAUCGCCUACUCAUUCAUUACGCUCGACGGACCCACGGGAAACCUUACUAUCCCUGAAGAUACUUCUUAUGAGGGCAAGUCCAAUGCCGUCGCCGAACUCAUAGCCUUGAAACAGAUCGAUCCUGAUUUGAAAAUCUUGAUUUCUGUUGGCGGUUGGACAGAAGGUUCGACUAACUUUUCGGCGGUGGUCAAUGACGACGCUCUAAGGGCAAACUUCGUCAAAAACUUGUACGAGUACAUUGACACCAAAGGCUUCGAUGGUUGUGAUGUGGACUGGGAGUACCCUACCCAAAGAGGAGGCCUGGAGACAGAUAAGGAAAAAUUCAUUUCGUUGAUAAAGGAGUUGAAAGAAGCGUUCACGCCUAAAGGAUAUUUACUGACCGCCGCCGUGGCCGCCACCCAGGAACACAUCGACCAGUCAUAUGACGUCGUAGCACUCAACGAAUACCUGGACUACAUAAACCUGAUGACAUACGAUCUUCACGGCACCUGGGACACAGUGACAGGCGCCAACGCCCCUCUUUACCCGCAGUUAACCGAUGGUCCUGAUGUCAAUAUGAAUGUUAAUAAUUCUGUCCACGUCUGGAUCGAAAACGGCGCGUCUCCAUCCAAGAUCCUGCUCGGCCUAGGAAACUACGGAAAGACCUUCACCCUGACCAGUUUGAACAACACCAGCACUGGUGCACCUUUCGACGGGGCCGGAGAAGCCGGUCCCUAUACUAGCGAAGCCGGCACUUUGGCUUAUUAUGAGAUCUGCGACGACCAGAAGAACAAUCCUUCUGAAUGGAGCAUCACCCAGGUAGAGGACAGCUACGUGUAUGCCAACAAGGACCUCUUGUGGGUCGGCUACGAUAACGCGAAAACCAUCUACGCUAAGGCACGCUUCGCCAAGAAAAUGGGUCUAGGUGGUAUUAUGUACUGGUCCCCAGAUUUGGACGACUUCUACGGUCUCUGCGGGAAUAAGUUCCCGCUCACCAUAGCGGGCGUCAAGGGAUUCAAGGGAUUUAAAUAA